AUGGACGUGAAAAAAAUUCGAUUUUUUUUCAAUUUUGGUAAAGUUUUAGCUGUUACACCUUCAAAUCUGAAUAACCGAAAGCGAAGAUGGAGUCAAAAAUUGUAUUUUUUUGUACUCGUUGUGUUAUAUACAGGGGGUGUCAUAAGUUCGCAAUUUUUCCGUAAUUAUAGCAAGUCAAAAGCUUGCGAAAUGGCCCUGAAAUAUUUUAAAGAUAUCAUCCGCCACUGUCACACUUUUUACAUUUUGGGGCCUUUAACACUGACCAAACGCCACCACUGGUUCAAAUUGAUCCGAAUUUUGCAAAAAAAUGACGUUCCAGGACCGAAUUCGAAUUUUUCAUGGGGCUUUCUAGCCUGGCAUUGCUUAUUUAUCACAAUUAUUGUGAUAUGGACCCGGCUCUGUUUUCUACUUCUUGGUUUAAAAUUCCUCCAUAUGUAUUUCAUCGAAUAUUUCCAAUUAUAUUUUCAAAUGUUUUUCAUGUUUUUCGCUUGCGUUUUGCUUGAAAUGUUCCGAAAAAGAUACGAAUUGAAAAAAAUCGAGUUGGAUCAAAUGACUCAAAAAUCACACUUGUUUCAAUUCAAAGUUGAUAUUUUUCGUUUAGCUGCAGGAAUCGAAACUUUUAAUAAAAUUUUCGGACCUAUGAUUAUUCUAAACAUUUUUUACAUUUCCGAUAUGUUUCUUCUUUACAUCAAUGGUUUGAUGAAGACUAGAAAACACACACUUUCAUCAGAAGUCUAUUUUCUACUACUUUUGUACCGGAUUGGAGUUAUUGUGUUUUAUUGGUUUCAUGUGGUCGCAAUGGCAGUUUUGGCCGAUUCAAUUUCGAAGCAAUACGAAGAAAUCAUUCAUUUAGCAAACAAAUUACAAUUAAUUUCGAGGUUUGAGACUAAAAUACAGCGAAGAAAUGUCGAAGAUUUUGCAAAGUUUGUCCGAAAAAAGCAACCCGAAAUAAAUGCAGCCGAUUUUUUUGUUCUGAAACGAUCAACCAUUUUCAACAUUCUGAAUUUUGUUACCUACUUUCUUGUAGUCAUAAUUCAAUUUAAAUAA